UUCGAAAGACAGUUGAUUACUGUUUAUAAGAUUGUUAGCUUGGUUUACCGCGUAAUGCAUGGAUUAGUAGUCAGUACUCGUUAAUUUAAUCCCAAAACAGCUAGUUUUUCACCCAUCAGAUCAACUGCAUGUUACCUGUUUGAUAAAAUGCCCAGCAGAGCAUCGUUUGCGUUUGUUUAAUCACCGGAGAUGAUCGAGGUGAGCUAAAUCUAACUUCCUACAUUACUUGUUUUAAUUUGGAUCAUUUGGCCUCGAUUCUGUGUUUUGUCACUCUGUUUAUUUUAAAACUCUGAUAAUCUCUUUUGGUUCGAUGAUAGCUUCAAAACUCCGGCCUUGAUGGGAUAUUUGACACACCGGAGUAAAAAAUUGAUUUUUGAUAUCAAGAAACAAUGCUUCUCAGUAGCAGAAUUUAUUUCAGACAGAAGCUGAACAUUGCCUGGUUUUGUUCUUUGAUCGAAACAAAGACGAAAACGGAGACGAAAACCGAAAUAGAGAGAAUUGUUCGAAUAAUAAAUGACCACCCUUUUCCAGACCAGCCACUGCAUCUCACUCUUCACACUCAAAUUCCCCACUCUACCCUCUCAACUUCUUUCGUUGAAAAAAUCCUCGGCAACUUAUUUGGUGCUCACUCAAACGGCCUCAAAGCCUACGAGCUCUUCAAAUAUUGCCUCAGCAGCAAUCUUUACACUCCAACUUCCGAUGCUUUCGAGAAAACCCUCCAUAUACUCACUCGUAUGCGCUACUUCGACAAAGCAUGGGAAUUGAUAAAAAGAAUCAAGAAAGAUCACCCCUCUUUGCUCACUCUCAAGUCAAUGAGCAUAAUGUUAUCGAGAAUAGCUAAAUUCCGAUCCUACGAAGAAACCCUAGAAGCGUUCGAGAGGAUGCAGACGAGUAUAUUCCCUCGGAGAAAAUUCGGCACAAACGAAUUUAACGUGCUUCUUCGAGCCUUUUGCACACAAAGACAAAUGAAGGAAGCAAGAUCCGUUUUCCAGAAAAUGCACUCUCAGUACCCACCCAACACCAAAACCAUGAAUAUUUUAUUGUUGGGGUUUAAAGAAUCGGGCGAUAUUACUUCAGUGGAGUUGUUCUAUCAUGAAAUGGUUAUACGAGGGUUUAAGCCGAACAACGUGACGUAUAGUAUAAGAAUCGAUGCUUAUUGUAAAAGAGGGCAUUUUGGGGAUGCUUUAAGACUUUUCGAACAGAUGGAAGGAGAAAAUUGCGGGCCCACAUUAGAAACAAUAACCACGUUAAUUCACGGCGCUGGACUGGCUCGGAAUAUCGCAAAGGCGAAGGAAUUAUUCGAGGAAAUUUCUAGAAGAUCGCUGAACACAGAUACCGGUGCUUAUAACGCCCUGUUGAGCGCUUACAUCAGAUCGAAGGAUGUGACGUCAGCAUCAGCUUUAAUGGCGGAGAUGGAAACGAGAAAAGUGGAACACGAUAACGUGACGUACCAUAAUAUGUUUAUGGGAUUAAUGAGAUCGAACGGCAUUGAUGGUGUUGAAGCACUUUACAGGAAGAUGGUGGAGAGAGAUUUUGUGCCGAAGAGUAAUACGGCUGUUAUGUUGAUGAAGUUGUUCGGUCAAAACCGGAGGGUUGACUUGGGGCUCGAUUUGUGGGGUUAUUUGGUGAAGAAAGGGCAGUGCCCGCAUAGCCAUGCGUUGGAUUUACUUGUGACGGGGCUUUGUGCGUGCGGGAGAGUCGAAGAAGCGUUUGAUUGCUCGAAGCAAAUGCUGGAAAGAGGGAGGCUUGUGAGUGAGAGAGUGAUGCAAAUGUUGGAGAGGGUUUUGGAGUUGGAGAAAUUAGAAGAAUUGAAGAAUAUGGUUAAGAGAUUAAAGUUAUUGUUGCCUCCUUCUAAACAGGAUGUUUCUUGACUCUUAAUUUUAGUUUAUGUUGUCAAAAUCAAUGUUGGUUGGUACAAGUUACGCUUGGAAAUUGGAACUAAAUUUUCGAUU